CCGCCCGCGCAACACACAGAUUGCCUUGGUGAGCUUUGGCCGGGAAGAUUGUCUUGGUUAGGGUUUCACAAAUUCAUGUUAUAGCUUGGGAAUUCUUUUCUUCUUGGUUUAAUUUAAUCCUGUUUAGGGUUUGGUGUUUGUCUAAAUACAUUCUGUCUAGAGAGGGGAACCUCAAACCGGAAAGUUUUGAGGAAAAAUGUCCACGGGUAGGCCUAAGGACGGGGACUUGCAGCUGGUGGCGGCACCUGAAAAAUCAAAGUCGCUACUCCUUCCACCUCGGCCUCCAGCGUCGGCUGCGGGAUCAACGGCGCUUGUGGAAUACACGCCGGUCUUGAAGGAAGAGGAGGAGGAUCUGGAGAUCAAGCUCCGGCGAAUCCUUGAGAAUGUUCCGGUCCGUGUCAACAAUACCUCUGGUAGCUCUGCUGGUUCUGGUUCAGGUGACUUCCACCAGUAUCGGCAAAUGAGAAGGAAGGAACAAGAUCGGCUUGCCAGAAUGGAUGUUGACUACCAGAAAAAGAAGGAGAUAGCAGAAUUCAACAUGAGGAGGGAGGAAAGAUUGAAAGCUGCAGAGGAACGAACUGCAAAGAAGCGUUUGAAACGUCAAAAGAAAAGGAACAGGAAAAAGGAAAAGAAGACCCAGUUGAAUGCCGGUGGAGAAGAGCAUCAGAAUGAAGAACCUUCAGAAGACGAGGAUGACUUGGAUAACAACGCAGAAAACUAAACGAGCUUUUAUUGAAUUCGUUUCUCCAGCCCGCUGUUCAAACUUCAACAGGUAUCCACGGUGUCUAGUAAGUUCCAAAUCCUAGAGGGAGAUGAUUGGGAGAAAACAACAGAAAUGGUUGAUAAGCCUGAAAGGAUUUGCUCUACUUUGUUUCCUUGAAAGUGAUGGAAUGUAAUUCAUUCUAUGUUAAUACUCAUCUACAUCAAUGCCUUACAAAUGGUGAAGAAUCUUGAUGGAAUGGAAUGAAACUCUGAAGCUUUUAAUCACCACUUGUAAUUGAGUGGUUGAUGUGUAUAAUUUUGUGAGAUUCGAUUUGAACUCAGUUUGAAGUUUGAAUUUUUUUAAA